ACGCCCCCUCCCCUCAGAGUGUACCCAAAUUGCGCUCUCUGGCCCUUGAAACCUCAACAGAGACAGUUGGGCUCCACAGUGAGUGGGAGGCGACCGAUCCUAGCUUGAGACCAAGUCGCCGUGGACUGCUGCCCCCUAGGACCCCUUCCGCCCCCGCCUCUGCCAUGGCCCCAGGAAUGUUGGGCCGCCACGGCGCCGCCCUGCUCUGCCUCUCCGCGCUGCUCGCCCACGCCGCCAGCCGCUCCCACCCAGCCAGUCCCAGCCCCCCAGGAUCGCAAGCCAGCCCUGUGCUACCGGUUAGCUACCGCCUGUCGCACACACGACUAGCCUUCUUCCUGAAAGAGGCGCGGCCCCUGCCGCCAGCCACAAUCAACGGCUCCCUACAGCGCUCAGAGCCCUUCGUGGUGUUCCAGACCAAGGAGCUGCCGGUUCUCAACGUGUCCCUGGGACCCUUCAGCACCAGCCAAGUGGUGGUGCGGGAACUUCUGCAGCCGUCCAGCACCCUGGACAUCCCCGAUCGCCUGACGGUCAAUUGGAAAGUACGCGCUUUCAUCGUGCGCGCCCGCGUGCCCGUCUCGCAGCCCGUGGCACAGGUGCUUUUUUAUGUGGCCGGUCGCGACUGGGACGACUUCGGGGUCACCGAGCGGCUGCCCUGUGUCCGCCUGCACGCCUUCCGGGACGCACGUGAGGUGCGGAGCUCGUGUCGCCUGGGCGGGGCCUUAGCCACCUGCUUGGUGCGCGCCGAACUGCCCCUGGCCUGGUUCGGACCGCCGGCUCCGGCUGCGCCGCCCAGCGCCCGCCGCAAGUCCCCCGACGGCCUGGAGCCCGAGGCGACAGCCGAGAGCCAGCAGGUAGAACUCUACUAUACGCUGCACGCUCCCGAUGCAGCGGGCGGCUGCGGGAGCAUGCGGCGCGGCCCCGGGCCGGGAGCAGCCACGCGUGGCGAAACCCCCACGCAGCACCCGCUGCUACGCAUUGGCAGCAUCAGCUUGUUUCGGCCACCGCCGCGUAGGGCCGUUCAGGAGCAUAGGCUGGACAGCAACUUGAUGAUCCGCCUGCCCGACAGGCCACUCAGACCUGGCGAGGUACUCAGCAUCCUUCUCUACCUGGCACCCAACUCCUCCUCCGCUGCCAGCCCCAGCGUGGAGCAUUUCACACUCAGGGUGAAGGCCAAGAAGGGUGUGACCCUCCUAGGCACCAAGUCUCGAAGUGGCCAGUGGCGUGUGACCUCAGAGCUGCUGACUGGGGCGAAGCAUUCAACAGCCACUGUGGAUGUGGCCUGGGCCCAGGGCACACCCCUUCCCCCCUGGGAGGGUCAGGGACCCCUGGAGAUCUUGCAGCUGGACUUCGAGAUGGAGAACUUCACCAGCCAGUCCGUGAAGCGGAGGAUCAUGUGGCACAUUGAUUAUCGAGGACACAGUGCCCUGCCCGACCUGGAGCGGGUUGUCACGGAGCUGACGGUCAUCCAGAGGGAUGUGCAAGCCAUCCUGCCCCUGGCCAUGGACACCGAGAUCAUCAACACUGCCAUCCUGACAGGCCGGACUGUGGCCAUUCCCGUCAAGGUCAUCGCCAUCGAGGUGUCUGGCCUUGUCCUUGAUGUUUCUGCCCUGGUGGAGUGCCAGUCUGACAAUGAGGACAUCAUCAAGGUGUCCAGCAGCUGUGACUAUGUGUUUGUGAGUGGGAAGGAGUCUCGAGGGUCCAUGAACGCCAGAGUCACCUUCCGCUACGAUGUCCUCAGUGCCCCCCUGGAAAUGACAGUCUGGGUCCCCAAGCUACCUCUGCACAUUGAGCUCUCGGAUGCCCGCCUCAGCCAAGUGAAGGGAUGGAGGGUGCCUAUCCUUUCCGACCGAAGGUCAGCUCGGGAGAGCGAAGAUGAGGAGGAGGAAGAAGAAGAACGGAGACAGAGUGCCAGCCGAGGCUGCACUCUGCAAUACCAGCAUGCCACCCUGCAGGUCUUCACCCAGUUCCACACGACAUCAUCCGAGGGCACCGACCAGGUGGUCACCAUGCUGGGCCCUGACUGGCUGGUGGAGGUCACUGACCUGGUCAGUGACUUCAUGCGGGUGGGUGACCCCCGAGUGGCCCACUUGGUGGACAGCAGCACACUGGCAGGACUGGAGCCGGGCACCACCCCCUUUAAGGUUGUGUCCCCCCUGACCGAGGCUGUGCUGGGGGAGACGCUACUGACAGUGACAGAGGAGAAGGUCAGUAUCACACAGCUGCAGGCCCAGGUGGUAGCCAGUCUCGCUUUGUCCCUGCGACCCAGCCCUGGGAGCAGCCACACCAUCUUGGCGACCACAGCUGUGCAGCCCACCCUCAGCUUCCCCAAGCAGGAAGCUCUGCUGAGUCUGUGGCUCUCCUACAGUGACGGAACCACAGCCCCGCUCUCUUUAUACAGUCCCCGGGACUACGGGCUUUUGGUGAGCAGCCUGGAUGAACGGGUGGCCACUGUGACCCAAGACAAGGCUUUCCCACUGGUGGUGGCUGAGGCAGAGGGCUCAGGAGAUCUGCUUCGUGCAGAGCUCACCAUCUCCGAGAGCUGCCAGAAAACCAAGCGUAAGAGUGUGCUGGCUAUUACUCCUGUGGGCCUGCGAGUACACUUUGGGCGGGAUGAGGAGGAUCCCACAUAUGACUACCCAGGGCCCAGCCAGCCCGGGCCUGGUGGGGGCGAGGACGAGUCCCGAGGAGCUGGUCCACCAGGCACUGCCAUCCCCGCUGGUGAGAUCCCUGGAUUGGGCACUUCUGGCCCAGUGCCGCUCACAGAGGACUACUUACCGCUGCCCACGGGCUUCCUGCAGAUGCCCCGGGGGCUGACGGACCUAGAGAUUGGUAUGUACGCACUGCUGGGGGUCUUCUGCCUCGCCAUCCUUGUCUUCCUCAUCAACUGCAUUGUGUUCGUGCUGCGAUACCGGCACAAGCGCAUCCCUCCCGAGGGCCAGACCAGCAUGGACCACUCGCACCACUGGGUGUUCCUGGGCAAUGGGCAGCCACUGCGGGUGCAAGGUGAGCUGUCGCCUCCUGCAGGGAGCGCCCUGGAAACCGUGCCUGCCUGCUGCCAUGGUGAUCACCACAGCAGUGGCAGUUCGCAGACCAGCGUCCAGAGCCAAGUGCAUGGCCGUGGGGACGGCUCCUCUGGGGGCUCGGCCAGGGACCAGACAGAGGACCCUGCUAGCUCGCCCACCUCCAAGCGCAAGAGGGUCAAGUUCACGACCUUCACCACUCUUCCCUCAGAGGAGCUGGCCUAUGACUCGGUGCCUGCGGGCGAAGAGGAUGAGGAGGACGAAGAGGACCUGGGUUGGGGUUGUCCAGAUGUGACCGGAACCACGCGGCCCACUCCACCCCCGGACCUGCACAAUUACAUGCGCAGAAUCAAAGACAUUGCAUAGUGGUGGCCUGAGUUGGCAGGAUAUCACCACACACACGGUAGCCUCUGGCUGGGAGUCAGCCAGGACCCCCAGCUCACAGGGACUUGGGGCAGCUGAAUGGAUUUUACAGUUCCUGCCAUUGCAGCUUUGGUCUGACCGGUUGUGGCCAGGUCCACCUUGAUCUUCUGCCCCCUACAGGUGGAAGACUCCUUCCAAACCUAGCGUGAAACAGGGAGACAGUUCGGCCCUGUUCACCCUUUCCAAACCUCAUUCCAUCUUAAACAUACCCCACUGCCCCAAGAUUGAGGCUCCAAGGCCAAACUUGGGGCCAGGUGGGCCCACACUGUGCCCUGCCAUGCCUCUCACGUCCCCAAUGGUGCCCCCUGUGCAGGGGACCCGAGUGGGGUCUUGUGUCACAGGCUGCACAAAGACUUUUUCUUAAACCAAUAUUCAGGGAUUUCUGUCCUGCAGGGUGAGAAGUGGCGGCUGCCUGCCUUGCCAAGGAUCUUGCUGCAGACAGAACAUGGGGUAUUUGGGGGAUAGUUGUGAUGUCUGCUGGUUUCUGGGUGUCUCCCAAGCCUGGAGCUGACUGCGGGGGUGGGGAGCAGUGCAAAGUGGGCACUUUCCCAUGGCUCCCUCUGCUCUUUAGACUGUGCAAGGGCCCAAGUCAGAGGGCUUUUCUUAUCUCUCUGGCCAAACCAUACCCACACAGCAAGCGCAGUGGGUGAUGGACAGCCUGUCCCCACAGCAAGGUCAACACGACUGCGCCUUAGCCUGGGCUCUGCUCACUCCGGCUUCCCUCCACACCAAAGGGCGGGCAGCCAUAGCCAGCGUCCCUGAGAUGGAGGAGGCCACCGGGAGUAUUGCAAGGGUCCAUUGGGUGGGUGAAGGCAGAAGGGAGCUAUUGCUCUGUGCCUUCCCCAGUCCCCCAGCCUCACCUCUUGGGUUCUACCCGCCACUGUGUCCGUUUUUCAUAAAUAAAUGGAAGGCAUCGGUCUGGCUCGGGGACAACAGCUCCC